AUGGUUCUAUUGGGAGCUUUGGAUGUUUACUUACGAGCUCAAGGGUAUAAUAAAUACAACUGCAGAAUUUCAAGUGCCGAAGUGAAGAUGUCACGGGCAAACAAACCUGGUGGCGAGCAGACCACCGCAUUGAUGACAGGACGAGAAGCGCCUGGAAAGGCACCGAUAUGUGCAAGAUUUCGAUAUGUGAUACUCAUUACCGCAGCCCUAUGCUUAACGUCAUUACUAUCGAAUAUGAACACGUAUAAUUUUACAAAGAUUUGUAUGAACCCAAAAAAUGGCUCUACCACUUCGGAAUUGGACGCUAAAAGACAAUACAAUAAACUAGAACAAAGUUGGUUGCAAGCAUGUGUUGCGAUCGGCGCACUAGCAGCUUCAGUACCGUAUACUUACAUGUUCCAGCAUUACACAAAGAAAUGGGUUUUCCUAUCAGCUGGCAUCAUUUCAGCAAUUUCCACCAUCCUCAUUCCGACCGCGAAUGAGUACGGUUUCAAGUACUUCUUGGUGGCCAGAACGUUCCAAGGUAUCGCUUUUUCGGCCACUUUCCCCGUCAUCGGUGCUAUAACGGCCGACUGGGCCACAUUGACGGAACACGGACUGUUCUGUGGCCUACUGACCGGCUGCACACAACUUAGUCAAAUAUUCACGAUGCCAGUGUCAGGUACUUUAUGCACGUCACGAUGGGGAUGGCCGUCAGUUUAUUAUGCGCAUGCAUUUUUCACGAUUAUCUCAUUCUGUUUCUGGAUUCUUCUCUAUAAAGACACACCAGAAGAGCAUAAAUUUGUGGGCGGAGCUGAGCUAAAACGUCUUCAAACCGGCAAAACGAAAAAGAAGAACACAAACGAAAAAUUACCUUAUAAGCAGAUGCUAACCGAUAAGACACUUUUGGGUGCAUGGAUCGCUGCAUUUGGUGAUCUCUUAGCUGUACAGCUUGUUACUAUGUUUAAUCCUCAGUAUGUCAACGACUAUCUCAGGUACAACGUAUUUAAAACGGGUUUUCUUGCUGCACUUCCGGUUGCAGUUCAGUUCUGUUUGAAACUACUUGGUGGCGUUUCAAGUGAUAUGUUGACGUGCCUCGAUGAAACGUUGAAACUACGCAUUUACAACUCGUUGGCAUUGGGAGCGUCAGCAUUUUUCUUCAUCAUUUUGGCAUUUAUCAGAAGAGAGAGCAACGUCACCGCUAUAGUUAUUCUGGUUUUUGCCGAGAGUUUGCUCGGCUUAAAUACUGCUGGUUUCAACAAAUGUAUAACUUUACACUCUAGGCAGUUCGGACAUUUCGGCAUGACACAGAUUAUGAACAUUUGGGCAGUUACAAUUCUGCUUGAGCCGUUUGUUGUCAACGCUAUCAUCUCUGAAAAUACUUUCGAAGACUGGCGAAAUUGCUUCCUCAUUCACGCAGGAAUUCUGCUCCUUUGUAACGUCAUCUUCUGUAUAUGGGCCGACGCGAAGCCAGCUCCAUGGACUUGCGUCGCAGAUGAGAAAGCUGACGGUGAGGAAAUGGCGGCGCGAGAUGGUGUCAACGUAGCGGUGAGGACACCACCGUCACACUAA